GGCGAUUCUGUGUAAUCUGUCUCAAGGACCAAAACGUCAACCUCAUUUAAAAAAAUAACUCGCCAGCGACGCUUUUUGAUUAUCUAUGCUAUGUUGUGAUCUCUAGAAUCCCCGCGCCAUGGACUUUUACAUCAACCUGAAGGUGAAUUUCAGAGGAAAUGCGAAGAAUUUCCUUCUAUCCGGCUCGGAAACGAAGAGCUGGGAGUCAAUGGAGGCCAUGGUAAAGAGGUCAUUUGGGUUAUGUAAUCUCCAGGUGACCUACUAUGACGAGGAGAAUGAAGAGGUGUCCAUAAACAGUCAAUUGGAGUACGAGGAAGCUCUAAAGAGUGCAGCUCGACAGGGCAACAGGCUGCAGAUGAAUGUGUAUGAGACCAGGGGCAUGGGCACCAGAGGCCCAGUGUUGGGCUCCUCCAAGGCUGGCAGUGCCACUGAACCCAAAAAAGGCUUCCGGCCGCCCCAGACCUGCCCGGCUCUCGCUCAGGUGGUGAGCCGCAAAGUCCAGGCCGCCAUGCCCGAGCAAAGCCUGGUGAUUAUGAAAGAGCUGAAGGGGACCAAAGAGGAAGAUAAAACCCCACCAGCCUGGUUCACGUCUUACAUGGAGAAGUUUAAGGACCAGGUGGUGCGGGAGGCGGUGGAGAAGAUCUGCCGUGAGUUUUCUGGCCAGUGCUGCAUCCAUAAGCCGGUGGGUGCGGAGGCACAGGUGCCCGAGGUUACCUCCUCCACGCUGCCCGGGGCCCCCAGCUCAGCGCCCGCCUGCAGCAGCUGCCGGGGCCAGACCGCCGGGGGAGGGUACCAGUGCAGUGUGUGUACCUCCUGCACGCUGUGUGAGCCCUGCAGUUUCUCUCAUGACCCCAGCCACAACCUGGUGCGAGCCCGGACGCCCCUCUCCAUCCCGGAGCACGGAUCCCCUGCCCCAGACCACAGCAGGUUCUAUCGUCGCGGCGACCGUAGUUUCCGCAAGGCGGAGAAGCAGCGUCUGAAGGCGGAGAAGCGUCAGCUGAAGGCGGAGGUGAAGGAGAUCAGGAAGCAGCUGAGGAUGGAGAGGCGGGGCCUGCAGUGGAGCACCGUGGGAGACGGUAGCUCCUCCCCCGUGCUGCUGCAGCCCAGGGCCACGCAAGUCAACAGCCCAGAGCGGCCCAAGCGUCCUUGUCCUCUGGCAGUGCCCGCCAUGACCGCCCUGCUUUUGGAUGAAAACCUGCCCGAGGGAACACGCCUGCGCCCGGGCAUCAAGUUCAUCAAGUACUGGAAGAUGAAGAACACCGGGAGGGUGAGCUGGAACUCCGAUACCAAGUUGAAGUUCAUGUGGGGUAACCUGGCGGUGGGCUCGGGUGACCGCUGGCGCGAGGUGCCCGUGCCGUCGCUGCAGCCGGGCCAGGUGGGCGUGGUGAGCGUGGCCCUGAGCGCCCCCUCGCUGGAGGGCUCCUACACGUCGCACUGGCGCCUGGCGCACGCCGGGGAGCAGUUCGGCCCGCGCGUCCUGUGCAGCAUCGUGGUCGACCCCUGCGACGCCACCACUGCCGUGAACGUGGACGGCCUGCUCGUGUCCCCCUGCGUCACUCCGCAGCAGGACAAAGCUGCCCGGUCUCCGGAGAAGGGCGAUAAGGGCUGCCCCAGCUCCAGGGUGCUGAUGUCUGUGGAGGACUCCGAUCGGGAGUUUUACAUCCCCUCUGUUGACCUGCUCACUGCUCAGGAUUUGUUGUCUUUCGAACUUCUAGAUAUAAACAUUGUCCAGGAACUCGAGAGUGUACCAAACAACACUCCAGCAGACAUGACUCCAUGCAUGUCACCUCUGCCACAUGAGGGUCCGCUGCAAGAGAAACCCUCCCUCGCCCUAAUCCAGGAAGAGGUGGAGGCCCAAGGCGUGAAAAGCAUUAUGGAUGUGGGCCAGGCUGGGGAUGUGAAGCUGGUGCCGGCCCAGGAGGAGGGCGGGGAGGAGGCCAUCAGCGGGCCGCAGUUCACCUGUGACACCGUCAUCCGCUCACUCACACUGGAGGAGGCCCCCGACCGCACGCGCCUCUGCUCCAGCAUACCCAGCAAACUGGUGCGUCCUGCGGUGCAAGGCUCGGCCUCCCUGAGUGAGAGGAGAGUGGUGCAGGUGCCGCAGCAGAAGCUUCCAGAGGCCAUGGUGCUGCUGACCUCUGCUGCCCCCCCUCACCCACACCCGCAUCCGCAUCCUGCGGCAGUGCAGACAGAGCAGCCCACAGCAGGUGAGUGCCUGGAAUCGGACAGAGUGGAGAGCAUCACCGUGGACCCGAGCCACGAGGUACGAAGGGAGGAGAAGACUGGCGACAAGAAGAGGAAGAGCAAAGAGGAGGAAAGAGAAGAGAAGGAGGUGGACGAACAGAGCCAUCAGCAGCAGGAGGAGGAGGAAGAGGUGGAGGAGGUGGAGGGAGGACAGGAGCUCCGAGACACGUCGGAGCAGGAGAUGGAGGAGUGCAAGGAGCCGCGCUCGCGGACCUCCUCCGCCUCCUCCGAGGACUACAUCAUCAUCCUGCCCGACUGCUUCGACACCAGCCGGCCGCUGGGCGAGUCCAUGUACAGCUCGGCCCUGUCCCAGCCGGGGGAGGGAGACGGGGACAGCCUGGAGAGCUGCCAGGGGGGGGCCGAGGGGGAGACGACCACCGGGAUGGGGGUGGGGGUGGUGGAGGGGCGACUGACGCCCGAGGGGGAGCGACGCGAAGCGGAGGAGGCGGCGGCAGCAUGCCUGGGCUUCUCGGCUCCGCUGUCCACCAGCACGAGCAGCAGAGGCGGCGGCAGCGGUGCCAGCGUGAAUGCCAAUGACAUGCUGUGCACCUCGCAGACGCUGGACGCCGUCCCGCUCACGCCGGUGGUGGUGACGGCCCCACAGCCCUCCGUCUCAACCAGCUCAGAGAACCAGGACCAAUGUGGAACACAGGGCCUGGACGGCAGUGAACUCCACCAGUCAGCAGACGAAAACAAUGCAUCUGAAGUGGUGCAAACUCAGCCAGGUAGCCCGUGCACCCCCAAGACCAGAGACUCAGAAACACAGGACCUGAGUUCUCAGGGCAUCACUGGCGGGCUGGUGAAGGGGGCCCUCUCUGUGGCAGCGUCCGCCUAUAAGGCUCUCUUCACUGGCCAACACGGCCCAGACCCGCCUCCGGAGGACGCGGCGACCCAGGAUGCCAUGAUGGCGGUGCUGGUGGAGAUGGGCUUCGGGGACCGGCCGCUCAACCUGCGCCUGCUGCAGAAACACAACGGCAACCUGCUGGAUGUAGUCAACGAGUUGGUCCAGAUGACCGACAACGACUGGUUCUCCACCAGAUACUGAAGAAGGAGACGUGAGCGAGUGUAAUGGAGGCUAACUAGCAGAGUUGGCGUGGAAUGUUAG